GAGCCCGAGAGGUGUUUCAGUCCAACAAGAGACACCGCAGCCACCGGCUCUCGGCAUCCACAUUUUUUUUAUUUAGCAGUUUAGCAGAUCAUUAGCCACAAAACCACACCACACCGACCGCCAGCCAGCACCUGUUUUUGUUUAUUCUGAUUUGGGAGAGGAUUAGGUGAUAAGCGGAGCCGUAAACAAAGAGAUCUGAUUUCGUAAACAAAAAGUGGUCUUUUGGAGACAGAACGAUGGAGGUGCCCCCGCCGCUCGUACUAAAGCGCCCUCUAUAUGUGCCCAGCAAGACCCUGAUGGGUCCUGGGCCCUCGAACUGCUCCCAUCGGGUCCUGGAGGCGAUGAGCAAUCCGGUUCUGGGUCAUAUGCAUCCCGAGUGCCUGCAGAUUAUGGACGAGGUGAAGGAGGGCAUCAAGUACAUCUUCCAGACCCUGAACGACGCCACCAUGUGCAUCAGUGGAGCAGGACAUGCCGGCAUGGAGGCGGCCCUCUGCAAUCUGAUCGAGGACGGAGACGCAGUCCUAAUGGGAAUCACCGGAGUCUGGGGUCAUCGGGCCGGUGACAUGGCCCGCCGGUAUGGCGCCGAGGUGCACUACGUGGAGGCCAGCUUUGGACGGGCCCUCAGCCUGGAGGAGAUCGAAUUCGCCUUCGAGGCCCACCAACCGAAAGUGUUCUUCAUCGCCCAGGGCGACUCCUCCACGGGUAUCAUCCAGCAGAACAUUCCCGAGAUCGGGGAACUGUGCCGGAAGUACGACUGCUUCCUGGUGGUCGAUACGGUGGCCUCGCUGGGCGGUACUGAGUUCCUCAUGGACGAGUGGAAGGUGGAUGUGGCGUAUACCGGCUCCCAGAAGUCGCUCGGCGGCCCGGCCGGUCUCACGCCGAUCUCGUUCAGCAAACGGGCUCUCACCCGGAUCCGGAAGCGCAAGACCAAGCCGAAGGUGUACUACUUUGACAUCCUGCUGAUUGGCCAGUACUGGGGCUGCUAUGGCACGCCCCGGAUCUAUCAUCACACCAUCUCCUCCACCCUGCUGUACGGUCUCCGCGAGGCACUGGCCCACUUCUGUGCCGUGGGCCUGAAGGCGGUGGUGAAGCGCCACCAGGAGUGCUCCCGCCGACUCCAGCUGGGCAUCGAGGAGCUGGGCCUGGAGAUGUUCGUCCAGCGGGAGGAUGAGCGGCUGCCCACAGUGAACACCAUUAAGGUGCCGUUCGGAGUGGACUGGAAGAAAGUGGCCGAGUAUGCCAUGAGAAAAUACAGCGUAGAGAUUAGCGGCGGACUGGGCCCCACCGUGGAGCAUGUCUUCCGGAUCGGGCUGAUGGGCGAGAACGCCACCCUGGAGCGAGUGGACAUGGUGCUCAGCAUCCUGAACGAGGCCAUCCAGAGCAUCAAGCAGCGGGCGGUCAAGACGGAGCGCUCCAAGAUCUAACCAGGCCUAGUAGUAAUUUUUAUUUUUUUUAUUGGUUUUAGUUUCAAACUUUUAAAUAAAAAAUAAAUCUUUAAAACCUAAA